AUGCCUGUCAAACUUGGAGUCAACGGCUUUGGCCGUAUUGGUCGUCUCGUUGUACGAAAUGCUAUCCUCCACGGUGACGUUGAGGUUGUUGCCAUCAACGACCCAUUCAUCGACCUUGAGUACAUGGUUUACAUGUUCAAGUACGACUCGACCCACGGCCGAUUCAAGGGUGACGUCAGUACCGCGAACGGCAAACUUGUCAUCAACGGCAAGUCCAUCGAUGUCUACUGCGAGAAAGACCCUAGCGCUAUCGCCUGGGGCAAGUCUGGCGCUGAUUACGUCGUCGAGUCUACCGGUGUCUUUACCACCAAGGAGAAGGCAUCGGCUCACUUGAAAGGUGGUGCCAAGAAAGUUAUCAUUUCUGCACCAUCUGCCGACGCCCCGAUGUAUGUUGUCGGUGUCAACCUCGAUUCGUACGACCCUAAGGAAACUGUUGUUUCGAACGCAUCUUGCACAACCAACUGCCUGGCUCCCCUUGCCAAAGUCAUUCACGACAAAUAUGGUAUUGUUGAAGGGCUAAUGACCACCGUGCACGCCACUACUGCUACCCAAAAGACUGUUGAUGGUCCCUCGGGUAAGGACUGGCGUGGUGGUCGUGGUGCAUCUGCCAACAUCAUUCCCUCGAGCACCGGAGCUGCCAAGGCUGUCGGCAAAGUCAUCCCUGCUCUCAACGGCAAGCUUACUGGUAUGGCUUUCCGAGUCCCAACUGCCGAUGUCUCAGUGGUCGACUUGACCGUUCGAAUUGAGAAGGGCGCCUCUUACGAUGAAAUCAAAGCCACCAUCAAGGCUGCUUCCGAGGGUCCCCUCAAGGGCAUCUUGGGCUACACUGACGAGGACCUCGUGUCUACUGACUUUGUCGGUGACAGCCACUCCAGUAUCUUUGACGCCAAGGCUGGUAUCAGCCUGAACCCCAACUUCGUCAAGCUUGUCAGCUGGUAUGACAACGAGUGGGGUUACUCUCGACGAGUCGUCGAUCUCGUAUGCGAAAUGGCAAAGCGAGAUGCUUAG